AUGCCCGAGUUCACCGAGGCGGAUACCAUUCGUAUCCUCGUGGCGACCGACAAUCAUGUCGGUUAUGAAGAGCGAGACCCCAUUCGUAGAGAUGACAGUUGGAGAACUUUUGAUGAAAUUUUGAACCUUGCCCGGACUGAAGAUGUCGAUAUGGUUCUCCUCGCUGGCGAUCUCUUUCACGACAACAAACCCUCCCGAAAGUCCCUGUACCAGGUCAUGCGUACACUCCGACAGAACUGCUUGGGCAUGAAACCCUGUCCUCUCGAAUUUCUCUCCGAUGCUGCAUCUGUUUUUGAAGGUGCAUUCACGCAUGUCAACUACGAAGACCCCGACAUCAACAUCUCCAUCCCCGUAUUUUCGAUCCAUGGCAAUCAUGAUGAUCCUUCUGGAGAAGGCAAUUUCUGCUCCCUUGAUCUUUUGCAAGCAAGUGGACUGCUCAAUUACUACGGCCGUGUCCCUGAGGCAGACAACAUCGAGGCCAAGCCGAUUCUGCUACAGAAGGGUCUCACAAAGCUUGCCUUGUUUGGACUGAGCAAUGUUCGAGACGAGCGAAUGUUCCGUACUUUCCGAGAUCACAAAGUCAAGUGGUUCCGACCCGAAACCCAGAUGGCUGACUGGUUCAACUUGUUGGCUGUUCACCAGAAUCACCAUGCGCAUACAGCCACAUCCUACCUCCCCGAGAAUGUUUUACCCGAUUGGCUUGACCUUGUAGUCUGGGGUCACGAGCACGAAUGUUUGAUCGACCCUACACAGAACCCCGAAACAGGCUUUCACGUCAUGCAGCCCGGUUCAUCUGUCGCAACCUCACUUGUGCCUGGCGAGGCAGUUCAGAAGCACGUUGCUAUUGUGAGCGUGACAGGCAAAGAUUUCAAGGUUGACAAGCUGCCACUGAAAAGUGUGCGUCCCUUUGUCACACGGGAAGUCAUCCUUUCGCAAGACAAGCGCUUCAAAGGACUUGACAAGAAGAAGGACAAUCGCCAGGAGGUGACACGAAGACUGAUGGAGGUGGUUGAGGAGAUGAUUGAGGAGGCUAAUGCAGAUUGGGAGGCCAUUCAGACGGAUGAAGAGGCUCUGGAAGAACGACCUCUUCCGCUGAUUCGUCUGAAGGUGGAGUACACGGCCACGGAAGGUGGUCAGUUUGAGGUUGAGAAUCCCCAAAGAUUCUCAAAUCGAUUUGUUGGUAAGGUGGCCAACACGAAUGAUGUUGUCUACUUUUACCGCAAAAAGACAUCACAGCGCAAGGCAAAUGCUGCGAACCCAACAGCAGCAAUUGAGGCCCUCGAUGGUGCUGAUGACAUGGUCAAGGUGGAGAAUCUGGUGCAAGACUUUCUGUCGGCGCAAUCACUCAAGGUCCUUCCUCAAGGGCCUUUUGGUGAUGCUGUCACUCAAUUCGUGACAAAGGAUGACAAGCACGCGAUGGAGCUGUUUGUUUCAGAACACCUAACGGGACAAGUCCGAUCUAUGCUGGGCUUAGAGUCAGAUGACGAAGAUCUCAACAGUGCCAUGGAUAUCUAUCGAAUGAGGAUCGAGCAACAGCAAGCUAGUGGCAUGCAGACAGCCCGAGCGGAGAGAAAGCGAGUUCUCAAGCCAAAGCCAGCGACUUGGGACAGUGACUUUGAUGGCAGCUGGGAGAAUGAGCCAGAUGCCUGGACAUACGAGGAUGAACAACAGGCCGAGACCUCUUCACGUGCAUCUGCACCCGCGCCUGCACCAGCACGCAAACCUGCACGUGGACGGGCCAAAGCGACUCAGCAAGACGAUGAAAUGGACUUGAUGGACGAUGAUGAGCCACUCCCUGCGCCCACCAAGAAGCCAGCAGCGAAGCGAGCAACACGCGCCACAAAAGCAGCACCAGCCAAAAAGGCCCCUGCAAAGGGACGAGGCCGCAAGGCAUUCCAAGACAGUGAAGACGAGGAAGAAGACGUGAUCAUGGAGUCAGAAGAAGAGCCCGCACCACCUCCGCCAAAGACACGACGAACCACUGCGAAGAGCACCGCCAAGGCUCCGGCGACUCGAGGAGCGGCUAAGAGUACACGGCAGACAAAGUUGAACUUUUCACAGUCGCAGAAGGGCGGGACGCAGAGUAAGGCUGUUGAGAUUAGCGAUGAUGAGAUUUCGGAUGAUGAUGAUGAUGCGUUUGAGCCGGCACCUGCGACGACACGGAGUACGAGGAGGAGAUAG